AUGACUGAGAGAAAUCUCAUUGAAUAUCUGAUUGUGGAUGAAGCUCAUUGUGUCUCAGAAUGGGGACAUGAUUUCCGCCCCGCAUACCUUAAAAUUGGCGAAUUCCGUUCAUCCGUAAUUCCGUCAAUCCCAUGUGUCGCACUGACCGCUACGGCGAACUCUCGAGUGAAGGAAGACGUUAUUAAAUGCUUGAUGUUAAGGUCAGCGGACGGUGAUAGGAAAAACGUGCCCUCAAAUUUGUCCUUCCAAGAAUUCACUACCGGCGUCUUUCGUAAAAAUUUAUAUUACGACGUCGUUUUUGUUGACCUCCUGGAGCGUCCUUACGAUGAACUAGCUUCUUUUAUCACACGUUGCCUGUCGCGUACGGAAAAUCCAAACAAGAAACUGAUCACCACUGGCUGUGGUAUAGUAUACUGUCGUACCCGAGAAGACUGUGAAACCGUCGCCUUACAACUUACCAGGCGUGGUUUGCGUUCCUCGGCGUAUCAUGCUGGUCUUUCGAAAAACGAACGUGCUCAGGUACAACAAGACUGGUCCAAGGGAGAGUUCCCUAUUGUUGCUGCAACAAUUAGCUUUGGCAUGGGGGUUGACAAAGCCAACAAGGCUUCUGGGAAAAAAAGAAAGGAUCACCACGAAAGGGGUGUCAAGGAUCUCGCCCUCAUGAUUAAUUACGUGGAAGGUGUCAAGUUAACAGUGGCUUACUUCUUUCAGGUUGCCUGGAUGUCAGCUGCCCUGGACUCGCCGCUGAUUGAUCCGGAGAAUAAAACACCUACGCCAAUCGGUGGCAAUCAGACAUCUUCGCGCGCCUCCAAAGAUGAACAGUCCGCACCUCCUUAUCCUCCCAAGAAGGCUGAGCCAUCUCCUCCUCCUCCUCCCUCUGGCCUACGUUCCUCUCGCUCGCCCCCGACACUCUCCACUUCCGCACCUUUUAUAAAAAAGGAGGAGGUCGAGGGGACCUCCAGCCCUGCCAAAGAUGGACACUGCCUACCUCCUUAUCCGCCUCAAAAGGUUGAGCCGUCUUCUCUUCCCUCCGACUUACGACCCUAUCUCCCGCCCCCUGCUGUCUCCGCUUCGGAGUUUCCUCUAAAAAAAGAGGAGACCUCCGCGCCAACGCGCGUGCCCCCUCUCAAAAAGGAGGAGCUUUCUAACCCCCCGCUGCGGGAGAAACAAGAGACCAUCAGGCAGCCUCAGUCCCCCCUGGUAGGUGAACUUGUAACCGACUAG